AUGGGUAUAAGCCACUCACCGCCCACUCUGGAGGCGAGCCACGAGCCCGUGUCAAGUCUGACGAGUCGAUCAGGGACUUCCUUCGAGCAAGCUCAGCAGCAGCAGCAGCCGGCCCACGCCGACGAGCCAGCGGCCUCUUUAAUAUACACCGCCCUCCAUCCCACUCGGCUCAAAUCGCUCCCGCCUCCCUCGCCCGACUUGAUCCUCAAGCAGCCCUCCGAAAAGCUGCCCGCCGCCCACUUUGACUUGGCCUCCUCCUCCGACUCCUCCGCAGACGCUAUGAUCUACCCCUCCCCCCAGGACUUCGCCUCCCUCAGAAAGGUCCCCGGCAAGAUCUACAUCAACACUUAUCUCAUCGCCUUCGUCGAGUUUGCCGAACGGUUUAGCUACUACGGCACCACCGUCGUCUUCACUAAUUACAUUCAACGGCCGCUUCCGGAGGGCUCUACCACCGGAGCCGGGGGAGUCCAAGCGGGAGCGCUGGGGAUGGGCCAACAGGCGUCGACGGGGAUCACCACCUUCAAUUCGUUUUGGGUCUAUCUGUGUCCAUUGGUGGGGGCCUAUGUGGCCGACGCCCAUCUGGGCCGAUACAACACCAUCGUCGUCAGCAUCUUCAUCGCCCUCGUCGGCCAUACUCUCUUAGUCAUCUCGGCGAUCCCGACGGUUAUUGUCCAUCCGAACGGCUCGUUUGCCUGUUUCAUUGUCGCCAUCAUCAUCAUGGGCAUCGGCACCGGCGGGUUCAAGCCUAAUAUCUCGCCCCUCGUCGCCGAACAAGCUGGCACCGAUACCCAAAAACCCCACAUCCAUGUCCUCCCCAAAUCCAACGAAAAAGUCAUCGUCGAUCCCGCACUCACGGCCAGUCGGAUAUACAUGUAUUUUUAUUUGAUGAUUAACGUGGGAGCAUUGACUGGACAAAUCGGGAUGGUCUAUGCGGAGAAAUAUGUAGGAUUCUGGCUAGCCUAUCUGCUCCCGACGCUGCUAUUUUGCACAUGUCCAUUGGUGAUGAUUCUGGGGAAGCCAUUGUACGUGCUGCGCCCACCGACGGGCUCGGUGUUUGGCAAAGCCGUCAAGCUCAUGAAGCUAGCCGUCGUCACCAAGCUGCGUCGAGCCAAGCAGUCGCAUCAGCAGCCGAUCCCCUUCUGGGAGGCCGUCAAGCCCUCCACCCUCGGCACUCAGAAACCCGCUUGGAUGAACUUCGACGACCAGUGGGUCGACGAGGUCAGGAGAGGCGUCAAGGCUUGUCGCGUCUUUCUUUGGUUCCCAAUCUAUUGGCUGACGUACAAUCAGAUGAAUAACAACUUGACUUCGCAAGCCGGAGUGAUGAACACGCAUGGGCUGCCGAACGACAUCCUUUCGAAUUUAGAUCCUUUUGCGCUGAUCGUGCUGAUCCCGAUCUGCGACAUGUUCAUCUACCCAGCGCUCCGAAAAGCCGGGAUCAACUUUUCUCCGAUCAAGCGGAUCACCGCCGGCUUCAUCACCGGGGCGAUGGCGAUGGGCUGGGCGGCGCUGACCCAGCAUUGGAUCUACGAGCGGAGCGAGUGUGGCUAUCGGGCCGGCGACCCCCACUGCAAGCCCGUCGACAUCAACGUCUGGGUCCAAACCCCCUCCUACAUCCUCAUCGCCCUCUCUGAAAUCCUCGCCUCCAUCACCGGAUUAGAAUACGCUUUUGCCCUGGCGCCUAAAAAUAUGCGAAGUCUCGUCACCGCCCUGUUUCUAUUCCAGUCGGCCAUCGCGAGUGCGAUUGGAGAGGCUUUUAACCCGCUUUCCGCUGAUCCUCUCUUAGUUUGGAAUUAUGGCACGAUGGCAGUUUUAGCGUUUGUGGCGGGGAUAGCGUUCUUCUUUGUGCACCGGAAGAUCGACGAGGAGCACGAGCAACUAGUCCGUCUGCAAGAGGGCACCGUGCCGAGCGGGGCCAAGAAGGCUCUGGAUCCCAAGGAGGUCGACAACAACCAGAUCAUCAUUCCCAACCAUGAUGAUGAUCAGCAGCAGGAACAGCAGCUCGAGGACAUCAUCGAUCAUGACCACCAUCAUAACCUCGUCAUCGCCGAACACGAGGUCUUCAAACAUCCUUAGUCGAUCAUCAUUGCUUUUUUCUUCCUCUCAUGGGCUGCCUCAUGUAUCCCUCGGUCCCGCCUCUCUUAUUCCGUUUUUUUUUGGUCCUUAGACUUGUCGGCUUUAUCCGUCAUCCAGCUUUCUUUGCGCCGGGGACAUAACUUCUUUAGUCUAGAGAUCGUGCUCCUGUAUCGUCUCUCGACUGCUCUUGUUAUUGUUAUUGUUAUUACCUCUAUCUUAUCUGGCUCUUCGAGCUCUUGUUGAACAAUUUACCUUUUUUUUCUCUCUUGAGCAUUGCAUUUUCCUCCUUUUUUUUCUCUUCUUCUCUCUCUUUGUAUCUUUUUGAAUUCUUGCCUUUUUUAUUCUAUUUUAUUUUUGUGGUGUUUUUUUUGGGGGGGCUGGAUAGAGUUGUAUCACCCAAAUAUCAUUUAUUUUUUUUCUGGUUCUGGUUCUGGGUUUGGGUCUCUUAUCAUGAAGGAUGUACACUUGAUCUUCCCAACCGUCCAAUUUUUCUGCCCGUUUAUGUUGAUCAAGAGCACAAGGGGUUGGGAUUGUAUAUAUCAACCAACCCGAGUGUUCUUUGGAGUCGUUU